AUGGUCAAUGUUGAUCAGAACAAACAAAAAGUUGACGGGAAGAAGGUUUUAGGUGCUGAUCCGUUACUUGGCGAUUCUCAUGAAUCCGUCAUUGCAGCGGACUUAUCUCAGGUGGUGAAAAAACGAGCAAAGUACAAGCACACGAAAGUGGAUGGACGUGGUACGAGAGUCCGUCUAUCACCGAUCUGUGCUGCUAGAAUCUUCCAAUUAAGGCAGGAAUUGGGACAUAAGUCUGAAGCUGAGACUCUAAAAUGGAUUCUGGAACAUGCUGAGCCAGCGAUCAUUGCUGCCACUGGAACUGGUACGAUUCCGACCAAUGCUAUACAAGUUAACGGAAUGUUUAAAAUACCAGCGACAAUUAACGAGGGAGAAAGCUUCUCAAAAUUUGCACCUGUUGCUCCUAUUGCCCCAAAAGGUGUUGUUCCUGUUUGGCCAGUGGGCAAUGGGUACUAUAUGCUGCCACCUGUUGUUGGGCCUCAUUUAUGGGCCAGCCCAUUGAUCAAUGUCAAUGCUGUUGGUGCUGGUGAGCUUAAAUUGAGCAGCUCAUGUGUGUCAAAAAGUGCUGGGAAUGGAAACAAGUUAGGUGAUGGUGUUUCAGUCAUGGCUCCGAGUUCGAGUUCGAAUUCGACUUCUCCUGGUGCCACAACUACAACUACAAGGAGGUUUUCAAAAGAAACUCUUUGA